GACUAUAUCGAAGAUAAAAUGAGAAAUCUUUGUCUUAUUCUCUUAUCGCUUUGUGCUUUGGCCAACACAACGCCCUUAAAUUUAGACGACAAUUAUUUUGAUGGAGUUACUUCAGUUCGUAAUUUGAAAGACUUGGAGUUGUACACGUCUUUGGCACCGGACAGCGAUACAGAGGAUUACAUCGCAGAAUAUUUCAGUUCGUUGGACAUCCAGCAACGUAAUGUUAUAGCUCAAAUCAUCAAUGAUGCCCUAGAAGGUUUCAGAGAUGUUAUUGUCAAUGGAAACGACAACAUACCUCCUCUAGAUCCGUUUGUAAUCGACCAAAUCGGACCCUUCUUAUAUACAGCCCUCGGAGUCCGUGCUACCGCAGAAAUUCGCAAUCUAAGGGUGGAAGGUUUGCGAUGGUUUGUCGUUGAUCACAUUACAUUCAACCCACUCCGCCUAUUACUUGGUGUACAAGUCACCAUUCCGAGGAUAACUGUCACAGGAAGUUACGAUGCCCGGGCUAGAAUCACACUUAUUAGCCAUAGAGCUGGAGGUAACUUCAGGGUAUUCGCACAUCGUAUAAUUUUUGGACUUAACAUGAGAUUGGGCACAAGUUUAGCAGGAGGACAUCUAUUCCUAAGGCAGCUUGAUAUAAAAAUCGACAUUCACGAUACAUUCAUUUCUAUCGAGGGAAUGACCGGCUCCAGUAUCCUCAACGCCUUGAUCAACUCUUUUGUACAGAGCAUCACGCAAGACGUAAUCCAAAACGAAAUGGAGAACAACACAGAAAGAGGUUAG